AUGGCGGCUCUGCAGCAGCUGGAUCUGUAUCCACCACCAGUACCUCUUCAGACAGGCCGUCUGCUUUGGCAGUGUGCAAAGCAACCGUCCAGAUCCGUGUGGGAAGAAAGUUCCGAUGAUGUUCAGAAAGCUUGUCCUGCUGAAGUAGAGGCUUGUGGGCCAGGCCUCGUGAGUCCAGAGUUAAAUUUACGUCGGGAGAGAAUGGUGAGGCCCCGUUUGGAUGUUUUAUCAUAUCCGGAGGAUUUUUUAUUUGAGCGAUACCGUUUUUCUUUACAGUCCAUUACAUAUGUCCACUCUCUGCUUCAUCCUUACAUCACAAACCUCACUCGUCGGGGCCGUGCUCUUACAUCUGAGCAAAUUCUUUGUACGGCCUUACGUUUCUUUGCUAAUGGUAGCUUUCUAUAUAACACCGGAGAUGCAGAAAACGUUAGCAAGGCAACAGUAUGCAGAGCGGUAAGAAAAGUGUGCCUCGCGCUCAAGCACUUUUUGCACAUUUUUGUUAAGUUUCCUGGCCACAAACCUGUGAGAGCCAUCAAAGAGGAGUUUCACAGGAUUGCAGGAUUUCCCAAUGUGAUUGGGUGCAUUGAUGGCACCCAUAUUCCCAUCAUCGCUCCUUCCCAAAAUUAGGCCGAUUAUGUCAAUCGGAAGUCCAUCCACAGCAUUAAUGUGCAGUCACACUGACUGUGUCCAAGUACAAUCAUAUGUGAUGCUGCACACAUAAUUACAAAUGUGGAGGCUAAGUGGCCCGGCUCGGUUCAUGACUCACGGAUAUAUCGUGAGUCAUCUCUGAGCAACAGAAUGGGCCAAGGAGAGACCGAUGGCCUUCUGCUGGGUGAUAGGGGUUACCCUUGCCAAACUACACUCAUAACCCCUUACCCAGAACCUGAGCCAGGGCCCCAGCAGCACUUUAGUGUGGCACACAGCAGGACAAGAGCCCAGGUGGAGAUGACCAUAGGCCUGUUGAAAUCACGUUUCCAGUGCCUACGCUACCUCAGGGUGACCCCUGAAAGGGCUUGUGACAUUAUUGUGGCAUGUGUUGUUCUUCAUAAUAUUGCCAUUAUUAGAGGGGAGCAACACCCUGCCCUACAAAUUCAAGACCCUGAGGAAGACCUCAUACACCCUGAGGAUUUCCAGGAUGGAAGGGUGGUCAGAGAUCUUAUAUGCCGCAAUGUCUUUGGACACUAA